UAAUCUCAGGGGUCAGUGCCGUAUUUAAAAGGGCAAAACAAGAAAGAAGGCUAGGAGUCUAGGAGUAGUAGUAAUAGCCCCUUUAGCCUACAUUUUGUUACGUAAGAGUCUAACCAAAAGAUGUAAACAGAAAAGUGGAAUUGAAAAUAGCCUCUUACCGGCCUCUUUAAACAUUUUUCUCUCUUUCCAAAUUCCCAAAUCCAAAAAAAAUUUCAGGCCCAAAAACCGAAACUGAAACGAUUCAUUCUCAUCCUUCAUCUCCCUCUCACCUUCCCACAAACACACCACAUUUUUUUCUUUCUUAAACCCAAAAUCCAACCAAGAAAACAAUGAAAAAGUCUCUCUAAAACCUCCCAAUUGGUAAAGCACACAUUUUUUUGUGGGUUUGAGUAAUAGCCUGAAACGGAAGGAGGAAAGGAGAAAAAGGGUCUUUUUUUUUUUAUUUUCUCCAUCAUUGUUCUGUUUUUUACUUUUUAGAGGGAAAAUGGGGAUUUUGGAGGUGCAGCUGUUGAAUGAUUGUUGGGAUUCUGGGGAAGUUUCAUCAGUUGUUGUUGCUGCUGCAACUGGAGGCAUUGCCAGAAGGCCGGGCUUCAAUGGUGGUUUGAUGUGCAAAGAAAUGGCGGAGCUUGUGGAGAAAGAGGUAUCAUCAUCUGACCAAGACUUUGUAAAUCCGAGGUUGUUUUUGGGUUUUGACAGAGGAGAGGUUGCAAUGUAGUACUGUUUCUCUCCCACUUCUUCUUCUCUUUUGGGAUGUUAAAAUGGCAGACAGGAUGGAGCCAGGCAUAAUUUACAUUAAUAUAUAUAACUUAUAAGGAAAAAAAGAACUCUUUUUUUUUAAAACAAAAUAUUUAUAUAGACCGACCCUUUUCUGGAAAUUAUGUUCUUUUCUUUUUUUGGUUUCGUUAACCCAAGGAAGAAUCGUUGUUUACACCCUUUUGUUAAUUCUUUUGGGGUCUUGGAGGAGGUGAGGAAAAAAAAAAUGAUUCGUCAUCAAGCCUGGUAAUGCAGAUUGCAGAAUGAGUUCAGGGAGUUGUGGAAAACGGUAUACAUGCACCCGUUUGUAAGAUGUAUGCGUUUUGGAAAAAAAGAUUUGUACCUGAGCAGCAAUUUUGAUAUUAAGAAUGAUGAUGAUUUUAUCUAGGCCUUUUUCCCCCAUUUCUGUUUUUUUUUUUGUUUUUGUUUUUGUUUUGUUUUCCUGCUGGUGAAUGUCAUUUUCUUCGGUUUGAUGUUGUUCUCUGUAAUCAUGUGGUCGAUUUUGUUUUCUUCCUUUCUCUUUCUAUAUGUUGCUAUUAUCAUUAUUAUUUUGGUUUUUCGCUUUUGUUUCCUCUUGUGUUAUUUUGACUUACCAAUCAGGAGUGUGACUCGGUUCUGAAAAUUUUAACCUAUUAGUCAGACUUUGAUACUGACUUUUGCUUGCGGUGUAUGGUUAUUUCAUUACAUUCUGAUUUAGCUUAUGCAUUUUUGGGAGAAGUACAUUGAAUGAUGUAGUUGGAAAGGAAACAAUUGAUUCCAUGCUUCUUUUGUAGACCUAUCAAAAACCAACUGGUCGCUUAACUAAUCUGAUUCUCUACCUAACUGCUAUUGGAUGACUCUUGAGUAUAGGUUUCUUAAUCCCUUUUUAACUUGAAAUGGAAAUGUUUCAUUGGUUCGGUUGCAUUUCAAGCAUUGGGUAGUUCCUGGUAUUGUUCUUGGACUUCUGAGUUCUCGUGCAACCACCCAUUUCUAUCAACCUCCCUUUUCUAGAUAAUUCACUUUUGUUCUGUGUUUCCAUAUUGACCAAAACUUUAAAGUUCUGAUGAAAAUGGAUCCAAAGAUAAGGCGUGACGAGUCUUGUUCAUACUCAAUUUCUAGCUGCGCAGGAUGUUAAGUUUAUGACAUUUUGUUAUUGAAAUUUGUCUGUUUUCCACUAAUCAGUUGUAUAUUUUCUUUUUCUUGUGUUGUGUAUAAGAUGUCAUUAAUCUGGUACUUUUCCAGAUAUCAACUAAAAAAUUGCAAACGUACUGCUUGCUCUGCAUCAUUUGGGGUUUCCACUUUGUUUUAUUUCUCAGCUUAAGUGGACUACAUAUAAUGAUAAUCCUUUUCCCUCCAGUAGUUGGUUCAAAAUAUCAUCCCUUUUUUAAAUUUUGAUACUUGUGGAUGUCUGUAGAAUUUCGAUCAUGGUUUCAUGCGGGUGUAGUUUACUACCUCAAGGAACACUGUCUGUGAGUUUGUGCUUUUGCAAACCUCUGCAUUUUGUAAAAGUUGUCUUUUAAAAUCAUGGUUGUGCUUUUCCUUUCAAAUUUGUGCCCUGAUGAUUAUUUUUUAUGUCAUCUGUAUCCAGGAGUCUUUGUGUUAGUGUUUCCCUUUCCUUAAAUCAUCACAGAUUCACAAUCCUGUCCUCUGCUGAAUGUUCUGGAAUUGUCACUUAAACCCUUGAAAAUAGUGAGCAUUUUGCCCCCUCCUCAUCGGUGAUGAAUGUUAUGCCAAGUCCCAAGUAGUUUUUGUUGUUGGCUAAAGUAUUUUUUGAGCAAAAUUUUAGUCACAAUGUGCCCUCUUUUGGCCAUAAGGCAAUCAUGAUGUUGUUUAUGGAAAUUUUUAUCUAGUCAACCAAUAGCCUAUUGGAUAUAAUAGAGCAUCCUGAUUUAGUAGGAUCUUGUUAGUUCUGUUUCCUUUUUGGUCAGCAAUGGCAUUUAUGGUAGCUGUUAAUGUUAUUUCCUUAUACGUAACCCUUGUGUAUGAAAAUGGCAAACCUCACCAAAUAUGUCUAGUAUAUAACAUCAAGCAAGUGCUUUAGAUUGCAUUAGACUUUCUCAUUUCUUCAAUGGCACUCGUGAAACGUCUUGGUGGUGAGAUAUAACCUACUCCCUCCAUUCCAAAAUAAGUGUCAUCUUACACUUUGCACGCAGUUUAAGAAACUCUUAAAUAUGAUAAUAAAAUUACUUGAAAUCCUCAACUAACCCCAUUAUAAAAUUGUCCACCA